GUUCUGUCUGAUGGCAUUGGCACUGUUGCACCGAGUGAGGUCACUGAAAUUGAGGGCACUGUCACAAAGACGAACAUCAAGGACAUGGUGGAGGCUCUUGCCAAUUGCGAAAAUGUGAUCUUGGUCGUUGGGUACGGCAUGGCUGUCACUGAGGCUCAAUAUUCUAUAGCAGAAAUAUGUGCUAUGUUGAGAGCGAAGGUUAUCAAAGUGCGCUUCACUAUUCACCCUGUAGCUGGUCGCAUGCCUGGCCAGUGCAACGUCCUGCUUGCCGAGGCCUCCAUGCCCUAUGACAUCGUCUUGGAGAUGGACGAGAUCAACGAUGAUUGGCAG